AAUUAAAUAUUACGCGGCGGUGUUUUAUUUAUUUUUGUCAUUAAAUCGACAAUUAUAACGAUUAAUUUACAAAACAACUUGAAUUAAUAUUCCUCUUAUUGUUGUUGUGUUUUAAUUUUUGCUAUUUUUCGCGCGGCACUAGCGUGUAUUGUUACCUGUUCGCUGGUACUAAUUAAUUGCUACUCGUGGCGUAAAUCAAAAUAACUCGUCAAAAUAAAUAGAGACAAUAGUUAGUACGAUUAGCAGAAGCGUUGACAAUUUUCGCAGCGAAAAUUAAAAAACGUAACGAUAGAAAAGCGGUAACGUUCGCGCAAAGCACUCAGUUCGCAUUGCGGCGUCGUCGGUGGCAACAUCAUUAUCACUUUGACUCGUUUUGAUUUCAACAAAAGUUAACAACUCACUCAUUCCGCCGACUGCAUAUCUUCAAUUAUCGGCGAAAAAUCACACAUUCUCAAGUGAAAUCUCUUCUUAAGUGCUUAGCUCGGGUGAUACCGUAGUGAUAUUUAGUCGCAUGGCGUCGGUGGAACUGCAGUCUCCGCCACAAGAAGACAAUACAACACAAGUGCAAAUCUCGUACGAGCAGCGCGAAAAAAAGGUUUUCCACCAAAAUACCGAAAUGACAUUCACGGCGGACCGCAUUUCUGAGGACAUUCCGAAAAUCAUUGGUGUCAGUGACAUCACAGAGAAUAAGAAGAUAUGGCGCGCUCUAAUUGGCGAAUUUUUGGGCACCUUCUUCUUGGUCGCCAUCGGUGUUGGCAGUUGCACCGGCGGUGAUGCGUACUCACCAUCGGUGCCACAGAUCGCUUUCUGCUUCGGUUUGGUGGUGGCCACCAUGGCGCUGGGUCUGGGUCAUAUCAGCGGUUGUCACAUUAAUCCAGCCGUAACCGUCGGCUUUCUCGUUGUUGGUGAGAUGAGCAUCUUGAAGAGUGUGCUCUACAUCAUAGCGCAGUUAAUCGGCGCCAUAGCUGGAGCAGCGGUCAUAGUCGCCGCCGUUACUGAGGAGGUAGCCGGCGCCAAUUUGGGUGUGUCUUUAUAUGCUAGCACACUCGAUGCUGGACGCGUAGUACUGAUUGAGGCUUUGAUCACCUUCCUGCUGGUGUUCGUUGUCAAAGCUGUGUGUGAUCCCGGACGCACAGACAUCAAAGGCUCAGCGCCACUCGCUAUCGGUCUCUCCAUCACGGCUGGACACUUGUGUGCUGUCAAAUUGACUGGCUCCAGCAUGAAUCCGGCACGUUCGUUUGGUCCCGCUGUCAUUCAGAACGUAUGGACGGAUCAUUGGGCCUACUGGGUGGGACCGCUCGCCGGCGCCGUUGUUGCCGCCAUCAUUUACCGAUUUAUCUUUAAGGUGCGCAAGGGCGAUGAUGAAGAUCAUUCUUAUGAUUUCUAAACCAUGCCGCACGAGAAUAUAGCUGUACAAUGAGUACAGCAACAAAACGCAGCUAUGUGAGGCACACAACCACAGCAAUACAUACACACGUCUAUAUGCCUCAAAAAUGCAUGUGCUUGCAAAUGACGACGAGCAUUUUUGAUUUUUGUUUUCGACUACUUUUGCCAAUUCAAAUAGUUAUCAGCGGCAUAAGCUAUUAUACAUAACUUACAUACAUACAUGAAUAUGUAUGCACGCAGUUGUAUUGAAAAUGAAUAUGAAAAUGUUACGUAUACGCCACACCACCAUUUGUAUUAUGCAUAAUUUUAUUUGUAAUUUUAAUUUUUAGUGAAGUAAGGACCCUAUAUAUGUUUAUAUAUCGACACUUGCAACUCAUAUGCCAAAAGUACAAUCAUUCAUACAAGAAAGUGAGCGCUAACCACCCAGCAGCGCAACACUUCAGCACCCCACUCAUACGCCCGCGAGCACUCAUUCCGAAAUCCACACCUUCCCGCCGCCCAAAGUUGCCACAAUGUGCAAGUAAUUGGCGGCAAACACGAAAAAAUAUUAUUGUAAAUUUUUGCAAAAAAAAUAACAUUUUUUGUAAAUUUUCUUUAAAUGCUAGCGCACAAUUUUCGCAACAAACAAAUUUUUAUAAGCAAAAAUUCCGUAAUUUUGUCUUCAGCCGCAAAACUAAAAUUAUUCACCACCCACCGUAGUUUCUAUAGUAACUGUAAAACGCAUGCAUGAAAAUUUUGUAUUUUUGUAAGUUAACACUCUGAAACAAAUUUUAAAAAAUUUUACAAAUUUCGAAAACAAUAAUUUUUUUGUACCUACAACAACAACCAGUUACAUAUCACCGCUGCUAAUCAACCGUUUUACGCCACGUACAUACACUUUUGAUAUAAAUAUUGUAUAUGUAUACUUAUAUGAUUACAAUUUGUUUGCAAUUUUAGAAAAUAAGCGAGGAUUAACAUGCGCAGCAGUGAAAUGAAAUUUACAAUUCAACAGUUGUUUGCAACAAUUUGCCCUAAGCGAUUAAGCAAAUUACGUGAAAGCAUAUAUUUACAUACAUGUUUACAAUACAUAUGUUAAGCCUUUAAUUACAUACAAAAUUAUAUAUUUAUGUAUAGAUACAUAUAUGUAUGUACAUAACAUAACAUGUGUAUGUGCAUAUGUACUUUUAUUUAAUAUACAUGUAUUUAUAUGGUUAACUUUAUGUGCCUGUUGCGCCAUUAUAAAUGUUAUUAAUAUUUAAAUGAAUAAAUAAAUGCUAAAAAAUAUUUAAA